AUGCCACCCCCAAUAACAAUCCUCCCAUUAGGAACCUCGUCCGCCAUCCCAACCCCGACAAGAAACCAUUCCUCCCUCGCUCUCAUCCUGCCAACCAGCACAACCCUCCUCUUUGACUGCGGCGAGGGCACUCAGCUUCAAAUCCAGCGCCUAAAAUCCUCUUGCUCCAUCAAGCACUCCAAGAUCUCAAAAAUAUUCAUAACGCACCUCCACGGCGACCACGUUUUCGGCUUAGUCCCGCUGCUAGCGACGAUUCUGAAUGGGGCCGGCGGAUCGGAAAACGAUCCGCGGAUGCUGGGCAAGGGGGAGGGAGGGAGGGAGAGGGCGGCGGAUGUGGAGAUUUAUGGUCCGAGGGGGCUGAGGGGGCUUGUUCGACGGACGUUGCAAACAACGUAUAUGAGAUUGGAAGGGGGGUUUGUGGUUCACGAGUUGCUUUUCGCGGGUGAGGUGGGGGAUGGGAAGGGCGGGGAGGAUGGGGAGUGUUUGGGGGAGGUGGAGAGGGGAAGGGAUAUACACCCAGGCGAAGAUGGAUUCUGGAAGGAUUUUCUAGAAGUGGAUAAUUUCCUUGUCUCCGCUGGGGAAAUCAAGCAUUCGGUUCCAUGCAUAGGGUAUGUUGUGACGGAGCGCCCACUGCCGGGGAAAAUACCAGCAGACUACGCUAAGCGUAUAUCCAAGUUCAAGCCGGAGCUCAUUCAUGCUGGGAACCCCAACCCAAUAUCUUUCCUGGCAGAUUUGCAGCGCCCCGAAAAGCUUGGGCUUGAGCUUACGCUCUCGCUACCCGACGGGACGGUCCUUACUCGCCCCCCGGUGGUGCGUGGAAGGAAGAUUGUUGUGCUUGGUGACACAUCCGAUCCAUCGCUUAUUGCCCCGCUGGCGGAGGGUGCGGAUGUGCUAGUGCACGAAGCGACAAAUGCGCAUUUGCCAGGGAUAGAUCCGAGCACAAAGGAGGUGGAUACGUAUGAGAUUGUUGAGGAGAGGGCGAGGAGUAGGGGGCAUUCGACGCCGGAUAUGGCAGGGAGGUUCGCGAAGAGAUUGGGUCUCGGUGGAGAUGAAGUCAGGGAGGGGUUACUGGUAUUGAACCAUUUUAGCAGCCGGUAUAAGGACGACGAAGCAGAUGGGGCGGAUGGCAUGGCAAUGAGAAUUAUGGGGGGGAUUCGGAAGCGUGCGGAGGAUUCUUGGGGGGUCGAUGAGGGGAAGAGAAGGGUUAUUUGUGCAAGGGAUGGAGUAAGGAUAGAAGUUCAAGCUUAAUUAUCCAAGAUAUGGGUGGUGUAUAGUACCCAUAUUAGUAUUUAAGGAGUUGAUUCUG